AGGGCACGGCCUGGAGACCAGGCCCCCAUUACUGGUAUUGGUAAGGGGAGAGGAGAUGGCUCCCCUGUGUUCUAGGUCGUCUCCAGUCAGCAGAGACACUGGACCUUUAUUCAUCCCUCUCUCUUCACCAAGCUUCCCCUUACAUAGCAGGGAAAAAGCUGGCUUGGCUCUGGCACAGCUGGGGUUUGGGUCAACCCGGGGUCGGCCCCCCUCAUUCACCCUCUCCCACAUAGGGACAAUACCCUGUGCCAGACAGCCUGGAGCUCACCCUGGGGCCUGAGCCAUGACCCUGCCUGCUCACCCUCUCCUUUCCACAGGAAUUCACACAUCGUGGCUGGCAAAUGGGCACAUAGAAAUCUGGCCUCUGGGGCAGGGCUGCCCGCAGAACUUAGCAUCUGGCAGCCUGCACUGUCAAGGGCUUGUCCCCCGACCUGGCCCCUUGGUCCUUGUCCACCACCACCCCAACCCGUCCUCACAGUCCUAGGGUGACUGCUCAAGUGUGGACUCUGCCAAGUAUACCUUGGCGCCACCUCGCUGCCACCCUAAGACCCCUGAGGGGCGGGUCCUGACCAUUGGGGUUAGAGAUAAGGGGAUGGAGAUGCUGGGGGGAGACUGGCAUUCCCCACUUCCCACUUUUCUGCUUAGCCGUCACCCAUGGAAAUGGGGAACAGGGUGUAGAGGACAGAAACCCAAGCCCAGGCCUGCGGAGCAGUGGCGAGGGGUGGAGCCCGAGGGUGGGGAAGGAGCUCCCAAGGGUGGGGAAGGAGGUUUGGCUUGGGAGUGUCUAGCCAGAAGGGGGAGCCCGACGCCAGAGUGGCUCUCACGCUCUGCCGGCGCGGCACAAGAGCUCCAUUAAAGCCCCGCCAGCUGGCGCACCGCAGCUAGACGCGCCAACGGCGGUCCAGUCCCGCUUCCUCCCACCUAGAGGCCAGGGCACCUGGCCGAGGUGGGGAGGGGAGGUGCAUGGAGGCUCAAACUUAAGCAAACAAAUAAGUUCAGGGAACGCCUCCCUGUCUCGGGUGUAUGCGCGGGGCUUUAGACACACUCAUUACCACCCCCUGUUCCCCAAGAAAAGCCUGGGGAAAAGAGGUGGGGAGAUGAGCGUCAUCUGAGAGCCAGGAGGAACAGGGAGCCGGGACUUAGGGUCCGCGGUGUCAGGCCUCUGCGCGCGGUCGCCAGCUAGGGGAAAGGCUCCCGCCCCCUUGCCCGUCGAGGGCGGGAGCGCAUCUCUGGACGCGAGGGAGUUAAGCCCGGUGGCCUCGAUGCUCCACGUAGGAGCUGGCUCAGUCGGCGGGCUGUGGUCAGGGCCACCGUAUAAAUAGGGCAGAAGACCCGAGAGCCCAGGACUUGCCGCUGCCCGCGCCCCGCCGCCGUCGCUGCCCCCAGCCCCGGCCCCGGGCAUCCCGGCCAUGGCCCGCCCGAUGCUCUUGCUCAGCCUCAGCCUCUUGGCCGGUCUGCUGCCAGCGCUGGCCGCCUGCCCCCAGAACUGCCACUGCCACGGCGAACUGCAGCAUGUCAUCUGUGACAAGGUGGGGCUGCAGAAGAUCCCCAAGGUGUCAGAGAAGACCAAGCUGCUUAAUCUACAGCGGAACAACUUCCCAGUGCUGGCUGCCAACUCUUUUCGGGCCAUGCCGAACCUCGUGUCGCUGCACCUGCAGCACUGCCAGAUCCGCGAGGUGGCCGCCGGCGCCUUCCGUGGCCUCAAGCAGCUCAUCUACUUGUAUCUGUCCCACAAUGAUAUCCGCGUGCUGCGCGCUGGAGCCUUCGACGACCUGACGGAGCUCACCUACCUCUACCUGGACCACAACAAGGUGACGGAGCUACCCCGGGGGCUGCUCUCCCCGCUGGUCAACCUCUUCAUCUUACAGCUCAACAACAACAAGAUCCGAGAGCUACGCCCAGGCGCCUUCCAGGGCGCCAAGGAUCUGCGCUGGCUCUACCUGUCCGAAAACUCACUCAGUUCCCUGCAGCCCGGCGCCCUGGAUGAUGUGGAGAACCUUGCCAAGUUCUACGUGGACAGGAACCAACUGUCCAGCUACCCCUCUGCUGCUCUGAGCAAGCUGCGGGUGGUGGAGGAGCUAAAGCUGUCCCACAACCCCCUGAAAAGUAUCCCUGACAAUGCCUUCCAGUCCUUUGGCAGAUACCUGGAGACCCUCUGGCUGGACAAUACCAACCUGGAGAAGUUCUCUGAUGCUGCCUUCCUGGGUGUGACCACACUGAAACAUGUCCACCUGGAGAACAACCGCCUGACCCAGUUGCCCUCCAGCUUCCCCUUUGACAACCUGGAGACCCUCACCCUCACCAAUAACCCCUGGAAGUGUACAUGCCAGCUCCGGGGACUUCGGCGGUGGCUGGAAGCCAAGGCCUCCCGCCCAGAUGCCACUUGUGCCUCGCCUGCCAAGUUUAAGGGCCAGCACAUCCGUGACACAGAUGCAUUCCGUGGCUGCAAGUUCCCCACCAAGAGGUCCAAGAAAGCUGGCCGCCAUUAAACAGGUGGGGGCCAGAUGAACAGGUCCCCCGUUUCCUCUCUGGAGAUUCCAGUAAGUGAGCUGGUCUCUCCCAGGAUGGCCACUCUGCUUGCAGAGGCAGGCAGACCUUCCACUUCUGCAGGGAGAGGAGGGGAGGGCUGGUGUCCCCUCAAAGGGAGGAAGAAAUACUCCCACCAUCUCUCCAACCAUCCUCUGGGUUGUUGGGAUCCUGACAUUGAUCCUUGCCUCACUGCAGGUCCUGACCUAGCCAGUCCUGGUGACUGGCCUCUGCCUUCCACCGGAGAGACUACUGACCUCCCCGCCUCCACCUCUGCCCUCUCCUCACAGCCUCUGCUGAUACGCAGAGCUGCCUGCACUUAGACGUGUCCUGGCAGGGGGCUGCAGGCACUCCCAGACCAUCCAGCUCCACCUGACAGUGUCCUGGGAGGCCACAGAGGCCCUCCCCCGCCAUCAUGCCCCCUCGGCUCCUCUCAGAGAAGCUGUUGCUGAGACCCCCAAGUCCAUUGAAACCAGAAUGGAGUGGUCAUCAGGAUGACCACCCUUCCAGAAUCAUCCUUCCACUGCCCCUCUUUCCCUGCCAUGCAAAAACCCCCACCAUAUCCUUGCCCCACCUCUUGCUUCCAGAAAGGGUCUUAAGUCCAUACCCCAACUCUGCCAGCCCUCCCUGCCAGGACAUUCUAGCAGGACACCGGUGCUUUGCUGCCCAUUCCCCUGUGCUGCAUUUCUUCCCCCAAUUUCUAUAAAUAUAAAUUUAUGUAUGUAUGUAUAAUAUUCACUCCGCUGCCGCCUAUCUCCCUGACUUGCCAGCUGCUGAUGAAGUCAGACUGUCUUCUCACAUCUGCUCUUGGAAGGAGGGCUGGCUGAAAGUCUCCCUUGGAUAUCUGGCCUGGGCUGGUCUCCAUGCCUGUCAAUUUAUCCUCACCCCGGGCCGGGGCUGCCCUCUGCCCACAGGCCCAGCCCGGCUACC